AUGGCUGCGAAGGGCACGCACGGCGCCCACCUGAAGGUGGAAGGCGAGCUGGAGCGCUGCCGCGCCGAAGGCCUUUGGAACCGCGUGCCCGAGCUGGUCCGGCAGCUGCCCGGCGGCGGAGGCAGCCGGCGAGCCAGCCCGAGCGUGGGGUUCAGCGCGCAGGACACCGAUGACCUGGGGAAGUUGCUUCUGGCCGAGUCCCUCCUGGAGCAGUAUUUGAAGGAGAACCACACCAAGCUAAAAGACUCCAUCCCUUUGCUGGAGAAGAACGAACCGAGGCUGGUGGAAGCCAAGGAUUAUCUGAGCAGUAUCUUUAGCCACGGGAAGCUGUUGCCGCAGUACCUGCGUGAGGCCAUGCUGAUCCUGGGCAAGCUGCACUACCUGGAGGGCUCCUACCGUGACACCAUCAGCAUGUACGCCCGAGCCGGGCUCGACGACAUGUCCGUGGAGAACAAGCCCCUCUACCAGAUGCGACUGCUGUCGGAAGCCUUUGUCAUCAAAGGCCUCUCCCUGGAACGCCUGCCCAACUCCAUCGCUUCCUGCAACCGCCUGUCCGAGAGGGAGGAGGAAGUGAUCACCUGCUUUGAGAGGGCCUCAUGGAUCGCUCAGGUGUUUCUGCAGGAAUUGGAGAAGACCACCAACAGCACCACGACGCGGCAUCUGAAAGGGUCUCAGCCGGCCGACUAUGAGCUCACCUACUUCCUGGAAGCCGCCCUCCAGAGCGCUUAUGUCACCAACCUGAAGAAGGGGAACAUUGUGAAAGGCAUGCGAGAGCUCCGGGAGGUCCUGCGCACGGUGGAAACCAAAGCAACUCAGAACUUCAAAGUGAUGGCAGCCAAGCAUCUGGCCGGGGUCCUGCUCCACUCCCUGAGUGAGGAGUGCUACUGGAGCCCCCUGUCCCAACCUCUGCCCGAGUUCAUGAACAAGGAGGAGAGCUUCUUCAUCACUCAGGCCCUGCGCAAGCCUCACCUCUACGAAGGAGACAACCUCUACUGCCCAAAGGACAACAUCGAGGAAGCGCUCCUGCUGCUGCUCAUCAGCGAGUCCAUGGCGACGCGGGACGUGGUGCUGAGCCGAACGCCAGAGCAGAAGGAAGACCGGACCGUGAGCCUGCAGAACGCGGCGGCCAUCUACGACCUCUUGAGCAUCACUCUGGGCAGGAGGGGCCAGUACGUCAUGCUCUCAGAGUGCCUAGAGCGAGCCAUGAAGUUUGCAUGUGGGGAGUUUCACCUUUGGUACCAGGUGGCCCUCUCCAUGGUGGCGUGCGGGAAGUCGGCCUACGCCGUGUCGCUGCUGAGAGAGUGUGCGAAGCUUCGGCCCUCGGACCCCACCGUGCCCCUGAUGGCCGCCAAGGUCUGCAUCGGCCCCCUGCACUGGCUGGAGGAGGCCGAGCGCUUUGCCAGGAUGGUGGUCGACCUUGGCGAGGAGGCCGGGGAGUUCCUCUCCAAGGGCUACCUGGCACUGGGUCUGACCUACAGCCUGAAGGCCACUGAUGCAACCCUGAAAUCCAAGCAAGAUGAACUGCACAGGAAGGCACUGCAGACGCUGGAGAGGGCCCAGCAGCUGGCACCUGGUGACCCCCAGAUCAUCCUCUAUGUCUCUCUGCAGCUGGCCCUUGUCAGACAGAUCUCCAGCGCCAUGGAGCAGCUGCAGGAGGCCCUGAAGGUCUGCCGGGACGACGCCAACGCCCUCCACCUGUUGGCACUGCUCUUCUCUGCCCAGAAACACUACCAGCACGCCCUGGACGUCAUCAACAUGGCCAUCACCGAGUACCCCGAGAACUUCAACCUGAUGUUCACCAAGGUGAAGCUGGAGCAGGUGCUGAAAGGCCCGGAGGAGGCCCUGGUGACCUGCAGGCAAAUGCUGCGGCUGUGGCAGAUGCUGUUCAACUGUUCCCAGCUCGGCGGCCUGGAGAAGGACGGCAGUGGGGAGGGCUUCCCGCUGAAGAAGCAGAGCGGCAUGCUCCUAACCCUUCCUGAUGCCCACGAGGCCGACUCCGGCUCUCAGCGGGCGUCAUCCAUCGCAGCCUCCCGGCUAGAGGAGGCCAUGUCGGAGCUGACCAUGCCCAGCUUAGUCCUGAAGCAGGGGCCCAUGCAGCUGUGGACCACACUGGAGCAGAUCUGGCUGCAGGCCGCCGAGCUGUUCCUGGAGCAACAGCACCUGAAGGAAGCCGGCUUCUGCAUCCAGGAAGCGGCGGGCCUCUUCCCCACCUCGCACUCGGUGCUGUACAUGCGGGGCCGCCUGGCCGAGGUGAAGGGCAGUUUGGAGGAUGCCAAGCAGCUGUACCAGGAGGCCCUCACGGUGAACCCGGAUGGCGUCUGUAUCAUGCACAGCCUGGGUCUGAUGCUGAGUCAGCUGGGCCACAAGAGCCUGGCUCAGAAGGUGCUGCGGGACGCGGUGGAGAGGCAGAGCACCUGCCACGAGGCCUGGCAGGGUCUGGGCGAGGUGCUGCAGGCCCAGGGCCAGAGCGACGCGGCCAUCGACUGCUUCCUCACCGCCCUCGAGCUGGAGUCCAGCAGCCCGGUGCUGCCCUUCUCCGUCAUCCCCCGCGAGCUCUGACCGCUGCUGCGCCGCCCCGGGACCUCAGGGAAAUACAGCUCUAGUGCAGACCCCUCUCCUGGUCUCGCGCCUCCCCUCUUGCCCCGCAGCCCGCCCACCUGGCGCAGUGCUGCGCUGUGUGGGGAGGAUUUGCAUCAGAAGCAAAUCCCUUGGCCCCUGGAACCGGCCAUCCAGUGGUGUCCCUGGGUGGGGACGUGACCAGGAGGCCACAUCUCUCUGGGGCGGGGGAGUUGGGGGUCCCCCGCCCAAGGUGUGCACAUCACCUGCACAGACACCAGGGGUUAGUGGAGUUGCGGUACCCCGCUCCGGGAACCUGGCUUCCCACAGUUUUCAUCUCAAAGCGUGGGCUGCCCUGUGGCCGGGGAAUUUCCCACACAUCCCCUUCCUCUGCAGUGUCUUAGGACGACACCUGGCUUGAAGCCGAAGGUGACUUUGCGGAGCUGGGGGGACAGCCUGACUCCGGCCAGCUGGGCCCCUCUCAGGCUUGCUGUCCCUGGCAGCAGGGGGUGUGAUUACUCUGAGGUCUUGCACCAGGCAAAUGCAGCCGACAGAAGGUGUGGCCACAGGGUGUGGGCUGGCUCCUCUGGGGUUCCCUCCAGCCUCUGAGUUAUGGGGUGAGGUCCAGCGACGACCCUCUCUGCCUGAUGGCCUCCAAUGUAUCUUUCUGCCACCAAGUGCCUUUGGGGGCCUUUGUCUGUCCAAGGGCACCAAGCACUGGGGUCCUUCCAUUUCCAUCCCCACGCGCUCCCUGGAAACACCCCAGCCCAAGCCGCCCCCCAACCCCUAGACCAGUGGGCCCUUGGGGGUGAUGUCUGUGGAGGUGGGGGUCCUGGGGGCUCUCCCAGCCACUGCCCAUUUCCUACCUCAGGCAUCAUUGGGUGGCCUGUGUCCCACCGUGGCUGUUGGCGUUUCUUGCUGGAGACCCUUGUGCUGGCAUUAGUGGCUGUGAAAGGAGAAGGCACCCCAGUUACUCUCUGGUUGGGCAGGAAGACCCCUGUCUGCCAAGCCGAGGGGGGCUGUGGGCGAGUGCCGGCCCUGCUGAAUGAUGGCCGCAGAGCGCCCCCAAGCAGUCAGACCCCGGGGGCCUAUCAGAACACGCCUCUGUGAGCUGCACGUGGGGCUUCUGUGUCAAAGCUCAGUAGAUACCAUUUCAUCUCGGGCUGGGCUCGGCUGCCUGGCAUCGCCCCUGCCCGGUCUGUUUCUCAGAGGAAAGGGAUAUGAGACAGGCCCCCCAGCCUGCACUGCACACCCUGGUAUUCCCCAGCAGAGCCAAGGUGCCGCUCAGAAUGCUGGGAAACCCCCACCCACCACCCUCUGCAUUGAAAGCUCUUUGUAUGUGUGUACAGUGUAUAAAUAUAUAUAUGUGAUAGAGAUCUAUUUUUAUGUUAGAAUCCUGUUAGGAGCAUUGUAAACAAGAGCACCCGUGCUGCUGGUUUGCCCUGGGGUGUCCAGAGAUGCUGGCACUCCGCGGGUGCUGUGAGGAAAACCACCAUGUGCCUCGCUGCCGGCAGCCCCGGCCAGGGCGCUGACAGCGUCUUUGUAGGUUGAAUAAAGAGACCCCUGAAGGGGAGCCAGG